CGUUGAGUCAGUCAGCUGAGGGAGGAACAGAAAGUCAACCAGGAAACCGAAGCUGCUAAACUGACCCACCGCCCCGGCGAGACGGCCAAAACGGCGGCAUUAACAACGGGAAUCACUCAGUAAACCAGUACGGGAUUUUAUAUUGGGUGUUCGGGGUUGACACAAAGCAGCGACAUGGCUUCCCUUUUCAAGAAGAAGACUGUCGAUGACAUAAUCAAGGAGCAGUCUAAGGAGCUGCGUGGCACCCAGAGACAGAUCACCAGAGACAGAGCAGCGCUGGAGAAACAAGAGAAACAAAUGGAGGCAGAAAUCAAGAAAAUGGCCAAGAGCGGAAACAAGGAGGCGUGCAAGAUCCUCGCCAAGCAGUUAGUCCAGCUGAGGAAGCAGAAGAACCGCACAUACGCCGUCAGCUCCAAAGUCACCUCCAUGUCCACACAGACAAAGAUGAUGAACUCCCAAAUGAAGAUGGCUGGUGCCAUGUCCACCACAGCCAAGACAAUGCAAGCAGUGAAUAAAAAGAUGGACCCACAGAAGACCCUGAAGACAAUGCAGGACUUCCAGAAAGAGAACAUGAAGAUGGGCAUGACUGAGGACAUGAUCAAUGACACUUUGGAUGACAUCUUCGAUGAGUCUGGGGAUGAAGAGGAAUCUCAGGACAUUGUCAACCAGGUUCUGGAUGAGAUCGGCAUCGAGAUCUCAGGAAAGAUGGUGAGAGCUCCAGCUGCAGGAAAGAGUCUCCCUAGCGCAUCCACCUCCAAACAAGCCACCAUCUCCGACGACGAGAUCGAGAGACAGCUCCGAGCUCUGGGAGUGGACUAAAUGUCUUCUUUGUGUUAAUGUUCGCAUUAUAAACCUUUGCGACAUUAAUACUGAUUGAUACAGACUCUUUUAGACACAUUGUUCAAAUGCUACAGGUGUAACAAAGGGUGCACACAAACACAAACACAAACCCACACACAGAUACAUUAAGACAUUUGAAGGCGCGCCGGCAGUCAAAUCAAACUAACAUACAUAUUCACAUGUUCAGCAGGUCAUUAGGGCAGAACAUCUGAUCUAUUUAUGCGAAAAUAAUAUUUAUUAUGACACUGAAGUGGCCGCAGCCUGAAGGUGGACCUGUAAUAGAUUCUUGACCUAAAGAGCUCUGAACCACCUACACUGUUGUUUACCACCCAUCUCUGUCUUAAUAAGGGCUACAGUAAAUGUGACCUUGGAACUUUCUUUUUCCCAUCUGAUGUUCUGGCAAAACUUGAGCUAUAUAUAGUCUGUCAGCUUUUACGCAACUGAAGAUAGAUGUUUUUUAAUGAGUAAAACAUAAUAAUUAAAAGGAGCUUAGGGGUUGUCAGUAACCAGAUGGAACUUCUAUUUUUCUUGCUCUCAUAUUUUUCUGCUGGCAUUGUUGCCACUGGUUCAUUUAACACCCAUCUGAUUCAGUUCCUCUGAGGCAAACUGUUUGUCUACUAUUAAGUAAAUGUUUUCCAUUGUCAUGUGGGUAAAAUAUCCCAGGGGUUACUGUACCAUACGAGUGAAAGAGAAACAAAUUUCACUGUGAAAACACAAAUGAAGCGAGUGGUCAACUAGCUAAUUAUCAUGUUAUUUUUUUUAUAAUCCUUAGGUACGCUACCAUAGAUACUGGAGAUGAUAUAACUCAGACAAACAUAUGCAUGUGAAAUAUGUAACUUGACAUUGAUGCCUUCGGGCUAGGGUAAGGCCUUCACUUUUCUUCAGAAUAAUGCAUGAGAUGGCGAGAUGGCAUUUAAUUAGCGCCAUUGAAGCUGUACAGAUUAGGUGAGAAAACUCAAUCAAACACAAAUUAGGACUAAUGAAAAGACGGGCAUAUCAAAGAGUUUUGAAUCAAUUGGUUGAUGCUACUGAGUAAUGAAAUGAGUUUGUUUUUUUCCUUUGGAUUCUUGGUUGGUGUUUGCUAUCUGAUUGUGUAUCGUAUAUUGGACAUGGGAUUUCCAGUGAUUGUAGGACAGCACUGGUCCUGCAGUCCCUCUUCUCUUCCAGCUGCUGUGCAGUUACUGUAAUUAGUUUUUUUUUUUUAAGCUGCCUCACUCACAGACACACACACACACACACACACUACAGCAACAAAGUGAUGGUAGUGAUGUUUGCUAAAAAAAACCCACUGUGAUCCAAGAGACGUUUUCUCUUAUUCAGAGCUCUCAAGUUGAUUCUUCUACACAGUGAUUUAUUCAGCCAGCUUCAUGAGCGUGACAGAGACAUAAUACUGAGUCUUUGUUGUCUCUCUCUGGCCUUUUGUUCCCAUAUUGAUUCCCAUUGCCAAAACAAAUUGAAAAUGUUGUCAUUCUUGCAUGUAUCUGACAUGUUCAAUACUUACUUCAUGGGAUUUUUGUAAAUCAUUCUUUCCUCUUUUAACAGUCUGUUGUGAUUGUUAGCGGAAACAAUGUUUUAACAGAUUUUGACAUUGUUUGAAUGCAGUUCCAUUGUUAGGAUUUCCACACUUUAUACAAAGGUGUAUGUAUACUCCUCUUCUUUUCUUUAGUCAUUACAGUGACUCUGUAAAAGGUUUAUGGCUUUUAUAAGGAAUAAAGUUUCUUCAGGUAUA